GCGGUGAUUUCGGCAGUGGCCGUGGCUAUUGCGUCGCUCGUUCUCAACAUCAUCAUACUUACUCGAGUCAACAACAUCAAUAACGGAGGAGGCAACAACGACAACAACGUCACAGUGCCAACAUCAUCACCAGCUUCUACAGUGCCACCCCCAUCCCCAGCCCCUGCCAAUGACACGAAACAAGCUGCCGCGUUCUUGUUGAAUGGCCUCGACCAAAGCGUUGAUCCCUGCGAGGACUUCUACGCUUUCACAUGCAAUAAUUUCAUUGCUCAAGUGAAUCUAACAGCGCUUGGACGAAGUCGGCUUGGAACAUAUGAUCAAGCACAAGUAGAUGUGAACACCCUUGUGGCUGCCGCUCUCAAGGAUGUUGACGUGAACGAUGACAAGAAAUGGUCGGCCACGGAGAGAAUUACCAAGGCUGCUCUGGAUGCUUGCGUGAUCAAUAGCAAUCUUGAACAUUCGCUAGACUACUCAAUGCAAAUACUAGCGGAUAUUAAGAACUGGUUUGGAGGGGUACCAUUUCUCAAUCAGCCAAUCAAGAACAACGUUGAUAUCUUUGCUGCAGUUGGUACCAUUGAACAAACGCAUGCAGUAGGGACAUUACUUGGAUCCUGGGUAUCCGUCGACUACAAAAAUGUAGCUCAGAACGCUCUUUAUGUGUCCCAGCCUUCACUCUCGAUGCCUCGAGAUUUCUACACUCUUCCGCAAUUUGUUGACAAAUUGAACUCCCGAGCUGAGCAGAUCGAAGAAGUGAUGAAACUGUUUGCUGCUGAUGUCACAGACGAUUCGACAAAGUAUGCAGCCACGAUUAAAAAGGCUUCCCAGGACGUUGCAAACUUCGAGGCACAGAUUGCUAUGGCUUCGUGGCCAGAUGAGGAAAUGAGGCGAGCAUGUUACUGUAUAUUUGAUAGGAAUUACGAACAACAAUACAACGCUUACAAAAUGGAUACGCUCAAGAAAGCCUAUCCGUCAAUUGGCUGGGAUAGCUACUUACCGAAUCUUCUCUCAUCGGUGGAGAAGGCAGUAGAUGUGGUUUCCGAUCAGGCUGACUACUAUCCUAUAAUUGCCGCGUACAACAAAAACAAAACAGAUUUCUAUACGAUUCUCAACAUGUUGAAAGCAGGUUUAGAAAAUCGCGAAGCAUUCCGACUCCUCGUAGCUCCGGAUAACAAAGGCGACAGAUCAAAUUUCCUGCAAUCUCCGGCUAUGGUGAAUGCAUGGUAUCAACCCGAGCGAAAUUCUAUCACGUUCCCUUAUGCCAUAUGGAAUCCUCCUUAUUACAACUUGGAAUUUCCACAGGCUUACAAUUAUGCAGGACAAGGUGGCACAGGCGGUCAUGAGUUAACCCACGGUUUCGAUGAUGAAGGAGUUCAAUUUGGUUGGGAUGGAUCAUUGACGAAUUGCACUUGGAAUCAGUGUGGAUGGAUGGAUACCAACUCUAAGACAGGUUUCACCGACAUGGCUCAGUGUGUAGUAAGUCAAUACAGCACUCAGUGUUGUCCAGAAAAAACGGGCAACGUUCACUGCGCCAACGGAGCCACCACUCAAGGGGAAAACAUAGCUGAUCUAGGAGGUCAGCAAGCAGCUUACAAUGCUUACCGACAGUACAUUAAAGAACAAGGACAUGAGGAGCUGAGGCUGCCUGGUUUGGCACAGUUUUCGCCUAAUCAGAUUUUCUGGAUAACCUAUGGUUACUCGUGGUGCAUGAAGCAGAAUGAUGCAAACCUAGUCAACCAGCUCUUGACAAAUCCCCAUGCACCAGGCUCUUGCCGAACGAAUCAAGUUAUGCAAGAUAUCCCAUCUUUCGGAAAGGAUUUCGGCUGUCGACAAGGCUCACCAAUGUAUCCCAAACCUGAUCAACGAUGCAAGGUUUGGGUAGGAUAUUAG